AUGGCGGGAAAACGGGAGUUCAGAUACAACAGAUGCCCCAGCACCCCAAAGAAGAGGUGGAAUAGGUGCCCACGAAGCCAGAAGCAGCAGGGCGGCUACUCACAUGGGCACAACGCCAUGACCUACCUGGAAAAGGCCUCACAGCAAACCUGCCUUUACACAAGCGACGCAAGGUACACCAGUGUAUAUCCAGAGUACAUGAUUACUGCCCCCCACUGGCCUAAAUGGUCUACCUACCUCCUCCGCACGCCGACCCGCCGUGUUCCAGUAGGGCUCGAAUACCUGACCGGCAUAAUAAAGGCCUGGAGAAAGACUUCAAAAGGCAUCGGCUGA